UCCAUGUGAAACAGUUUGAUUUUGAUGAUGCUAAAUACACUUUUCUCUUUUUGCUGUUCUGGUGGAAUUUUAUAGCCAACAUGAGUAAUGGAGACCAUUUCGUCGUACUGCAAACCACAGAGGCUGGAGCUUCUUGGUUGUCGGUGCUUCCACAUCAGUGGGUUCGUGGGAAUGUUCUGCUGUGGCCUACCAAUAAAGCGAACAGCUUCUACGAGGAUGCUUCCUCAAAUCCGAGAAUACAUUUCCUGCAAUCACAACAGCCAACGGCUGAACAGUAUUUAAACGCAUUCAACUCUGGAAAAGAGCAUGUUACAUUUUCUCCUAAUGUUAUUAGCCAGCCUUUUGCAAUGCAUCAUAGACAACCGUUGCGAAACGUUCCACAAGUAUUUGACAAUGACACAGCCAGCCAAUCACUCUAGCAAUCUCAAAUAGUCCUUCAAACCUCCAACCAAGAAUAUCUUCAACAGGAGAAUACAGAGGAUAACAAUGUUAUAUCUGGAGAAUACGUGAAAAAAAUAUUUUAUGUGUUUUCUUCAGAAUCGUUCAUAACGUUAACGCUACCUUUUCGAAAAAAAUCCUGGAAAAUUUUUGAAAAAUUUUUUGAAAAAAAAAACCUGGAAAGCCGGUGUUGCGAAACUCGAAAACACGUAGCCAAGCAAAAGGCUUGCGGAAACCAACGAUUCAUCGGAGAGGUGAACAAAAAGCGAAAAAAUGUGAUAAAAGUAAAGGAGCCUGUUACUAAACAUUGUACU